CGGGCCUCCCGGCUGGGGCCGGGGCCGGGGGCCGGGCCGGGGUGGGGGCGGAGAGCUGCGGGCAGGCAGGGCAUGGCGUCCAUGGCGGCGGCGAUUGCGGCCUCGCGCACGGCCGUCAUGAGCGCGAACCGGCCUCUGGACGACCGGGAGCGUAAGCGCUUCACCUACUUCUCGUCGCUAAGCCCCAUGGCUAGGAAGAUCAUGCAGGAUAAGGAGAAGAUCCGGGAGAAGUACGGGCCCGAGUGGGCGCGGCUGCCGCCGGCGCAGCAGGACGAGAUCAUCGACCGGUGCCUGGUGGGGCCGAGCGCCCCGGCGCCCGGCGACCCCGAGGAGCUCGCGCGCUUCCCCGGCUUGCGCGGGCCCACGGGCCAGAAGGUGGUGCGCUUCGGGGACGAGGACAUAACUUGGCAAGAUGAGCACUCUGCCCCUUUCUCCUGGGAAACAAGGAGUCAGAUGGAGUUCAGCAUCUCCUCCUUAUCCAUCCAAGAGCCGAGCUGCAGCACCGCCAGUGAGCCCAGGCCAGCAUCCAAAGCUCCUCAGGGUUCGCAGGCCCUCAGGGCCCCGCAGGGCGGCAAGUCCUCCAGCCUGGAUGCCCUGGGUCCUGCCUGGAAGGAAGAGGAGGCGUCCUUCUGGAAGAUCAACGCAGAGCGGUCCCGUGGGGAGGGCCCCGAGGCUGAGUUCCAGUCGCUGACCCCCAGCCAGAUCAAGUCUAUGGAGAAAGGGGAGAAGGUCCUGCCAUCCUGUUACCGGCAGGAGCCCGCGCCGAGGGCCAGGGAGGCGAAGGCGGAGAAGCCCAGCCCCCUCCGCCAGGAGCAGCGGGCCGCUCCCAGCAUCAGCACGGAGUGCGAGAGUCCCCAGCCCGCCCAGGCCUGCGCCAGCCCCUCAAGCGAAGCCGGGCCCUCUGGGCCCGUGGGAAAGCCCGUCUCUCCCGAGGUCAUGGAGGCUGCGGAGGACAUGGAGGAUGCUCUGCUCCUGGAACCCGUGCCUGUACAGGUCAGCUCAAGUAAUGUCAUCUUGAAGACAGGAUUUGAUUUUCUGGACAACUGGUAAAGUGGAUUAGACAGAACAAACAAACCAAGAAUCCCCAAGUCUUUUCCAAAGUGGUGUGGUGAAGGGGGAGAUUAAACAAAAGGGCAGCAUUCCCACUCUUUCCAGAAUCAUUUGGAAGCUGGUUAAUGUUGCCUUGGCCAGCUCUCCAGAUUUUUCCCUUUUUGGUAAGACCAGAUAUCUGUGCUAUUUUCAACAAUUUGAUAACAGAAGUUUUACAUCUGGAAUUUUUAAAAACUCUUAGGAAUUCAGUAAAUCUUAAAAAUAAAAGCUGUGCUCUAGCUCUACCCAAUUUCCCCCCUCGUUCGAGAAAGUUUUCUCAACCAUGUCACAAAAGUCAGAGAGUGAUUCCCACCUCUUCUCUGUCCCCACCCUUUUAAAAAUGCACGGGGCUCCUUUUGACGGGUGGCUGUUGAGGAUGUCCUCAGUAGUCAUGGCGCUGGGCGCCCACUGUGACCACGGGGAGACCUGCCUGCCCCUGAAGUCCACACCUGCAGCCCCAGCUGUCCGGCUUCCCCGUGCGGAAGCCACGCCUCUUCCUCUGCGGAAGCCACGCCUCUGUAUCACGUGCCACCCUUCCUUCACAUCACUUCCAGGAAACAGAUCAUGGGCACGUGGCAGAAGUCAUCUUGCUACUUACUCAGACUCUAAAUCUUUGUUUAACAAGUUGCAUGUUUUAAAGUUUUGUAUUAACUUUACAUGAUUUUGUAUCUAGAUUUAGCAGUUAUAGGGCUGCCGCUUUUCUUGGGUUUGUACCAGUUUCCCCUUGGAAGUUCUUUGCUACUUUCCCGACCUUUUAGGUGUUUUCUGUCCCGGGCAUCUGCAGGAGUCAGGGCAGAUGACAGGCAUUGCUGGAAGACCGGGCUCUUCUGAUUAGUUGCUUUGGAACCUUCUGGUGUGAAGCUGGCAGGGGUAGCGUAUGUCCUUCAUCCCAAGGAGUCAAGCUGUGUCACGACGGACCCUCCCUCAAUCCUGACCACCGACGGAAGUGGAGUCGUUUGUGCAUGGCCCCAGCGACGCCCCCUGGAGGCCUUCGUGGUCAUGACAACAGCAUCUCCUGGAGGUGGACUUGGCUGCCUGCUGUGGUCUCUGCUGCUGGGGAGGUAGAGAGGGGAGCGGGUUAGGGCAGCUUUGAGCCUACGCAGAAGGGCAAGGUGUCCUCCACCCAAGAUGGGAUGGCGUAAGGUCAGAGGAGAGCCCCUGCCCAGUGACCCCCAAGUAGUGUGAGCCUGUGAUCCAUGCCCUGGCGUGAUCUUCACGUUGCCUCUCACUGUGUUCUCACCUGACGCCUUAAUCCCUGCAAAUCCUGCCAGUGAGCACCUGGUUUCAGUAUCAAAGUGUGUCUUUUUAAAAUGCCUUUCUGUUUCAUAUGAUAUUCUGAAAUGAUUUCUAGAAUAUUUUAUCUGGCUCCAAGGUAAAGCACAUGGCAACUUUUUUCCCAGAACACAGAACACAGAAGUCGCUCAGUCGUGUCCGACUCUUUGCGACCCCAUGGAUUGUAGCCCACCAGGCUCCUCAGUCCAUGGGAUUUUCCAGGCAUGAAUACUGGAGUGGGUUGCCAUUUCCUUCUCCAGAAAGUUUCUGCCAAAACUGUGGCCUAGCCAGCUUUUGGUUUGGUUUCUGCCAAUUGCAUUAUGUCCCUAAACCUCAUUUGGCUCCUUGGGGUCUUGAGUUUGACCUUCCUCCUCUGGUGACUGACUGUACUGUGGUCAACACAAGUUCUUUCUGCCCUGUUUAAGUAGAGUUGAAACAUUCAAGGGAAAAAGAUUGCUAGCAUGGUGAUGAGGGGGAAAGAAUCCUAGAAAUCCCAGAUGGAAUUGCACAGCUGGGUACCAGCUCUGCAGGUCAGCCACUGAGCUUCAGAGCUGGGCUUGCCAGCUGUCUCCACUUCCAUCUUUGAGCGCAGUGGACUGUCUUAGAACCCAUGCUUGAAAGCAGGGUCUGCUUAAGGAAAAAAGAUGUCGAGAAGUUGCAUUCCUUAGUGUUGGCAUAUCAAGAAAGAAGGAUCUGUGUCCUGGGACAGUUAGCCAAGGUGAUCUAUCUGUUCUUUUAAGAGAGAACUCUUAAUUUCUUUUCCACUUUCUCAUAAAACCCAAUAUUCCCAUCAAGUUCUCCUGGUAGCUGAGGGGAUUUGGGGAUUAUUGAAAGGUUCUGCCUCUUUUAUCAUCAUCUGGGGUCCAGUACCCAGUGGUAUUCAGGUCUCUGUAACAAUAUCUAAAGUUUCAUAAAUGUACAGCCUCCUGAGAUUAAAUGUAAAAUCACAGUUUGGGAAAUCCUAGAGGGAGUUCUGCAAUUGUAUUGCUUUGCAAAGUAAUAAAACUUGAGAGGGAGCGGUGAUGGCCUGGAAGACGCAUGUGCAUGGGUCACCAUCCUGCCUGAACUGUGAUUCUCCCCUUAACCCUGGGCAAUCCAUGUUAAGAUGAUGCCUUUCACCACCCUCCUGGGAAUCUAUGUUUGGUAUGUCCAAGUAAGGGAAAAUUAAACUCACGUUUGCCACUUUUUUUUUUUUUCCCACAUAUCAAGAUGGCAUUUCUAAAACCAGACGUUUAUAUUAUUUUUAAAAUUCACACUUUUCAGUUGAAGCCUAAUGUGGUUUUGCAUUCUUCCUCCUUUAUCCUGGCCACUCUGUUGUCUGCUCCUGAGUUUUAGCUCAAGGAUUCAGUGUCUUGCUUUGGGUGACUGUAACUGCAAAUUCUCCACCAGGAAGUUAGAAACCAGUCUCAGUUCUUUCACUUGGGAUCGCUUCCCACUUCUGCCCUUUAGGUUUAGGGGUGCCACCUGCUUUGGGAACAGUGGGGCAUGGCACUCAGCCGCAUUGCACCCCCGUGGGUGUCAGAACAGCCUCUUCUUUGAUACACAUUUUCAAAAAUGAAAAAUUCUUACUGACUACUUGUAACUUGGUUGUAUUUUAUAUUAACAGCCUUUAAUAAAGCCAUUUAAAAUUUG